AUGGCUGUUGACUUAAACUGCGAAGCAUCGGCGGGCAGUCCGCGCUUCGCACUCCACGAGCACGUUCCCGACGCUAUCCCAUCCGACUGCCCCGACGAGAUUAUCGAAAACGACGAGCUCCUAUCCCCAAGAGAGCGCGCCGAUGCUACUUCCGGCAACGCCGCAUUAGUUGCCGCCCAUGUCGAACUCUCUGACCACGACAAUCCAGCGGAACACCCGGGGAACGAUGACUAUGCCUGCCCGAAGAAGCGCGCGCGCGCGUCUCGCAAGGACCCAGCGGUGCGCGUUCCCGUGGGCACGCGCGUGCGCGUGCUGUGGCCGCGCGACGGGCAGUGGCACGCGGGGCGGGUCACCAAGUUCGACGCAAAGAAAGCGCUGCACACGGUGACGAUUGACCGCGGGGAGUCGAAACGGAUUGACCUGCGCGUCGUGCCAUGGAGCAUACUGGUCGAAGGAGCCGUGCAUCCCGGGAGCGGUCACAUGGACAUCGGACUCGCAGGAAACGUGCACCUUGGCGGUGGCAGCGUGUGUCAUAGCGAGGGUGCGUAUAUCGCGGACGGUGUGAGUUACUCAUCGAAUCAGCACCACAGCGGCGCCUCACCCUGGCAGGGACACCAUCCGCCCGCCUAUGGCGGCUCCGUGCCAGUUGCACCUCCCCCGCUUCUGCCUCCCCCGCCUCCUCCUCCGCUACGGCUCGAGCUUCCGUGGCAGGCGCAAGCGCAACCUGCGCCGUACCCCGCGCAGCAAACGCAGGGACAGCCCGCGGGUAGCCAUGGCCAGUACAACGCUGUGCAGCACAUGCAGGUGACGCAGCCGCUUGCGUACCAACAGCCUAGUUACCAGCAGCCCCAAAUGCAGCAGCCACAGCAACGGCAACCGGCGCAGGAGCCUUCCCCCGCCCCCGUGCAGCAGCAUUACUACCCGCAGGAGUACUCGCAGCAACAGAGCUACCAGUACGUGGAGCAUCGACAGCAAAGCCUGUAUCCGCAGCAGCUGGGCAGUGCGGCAGCGCACGCGGAAUACACAAGCGCGCCCCCCAUCAUUCCCGCGGAUCAAACAACCCGCCCCUCACCCGCGCUGCUUCACAUCCCCGCGUUCGCUUCCGCGCCACCGUCAGCGCGACCUGAGGACGCCCCUUGCCCCUGUUGCCACCGGCGCAACCCCCCCGCCCCGGUAUCGACCGCGCCCCUCGUUUAUAACUCCCUUCCUCCGUCUGAGGUUCCGCCUCGUAAUAGCGCACCAAUGCUUUGGAGGGGAAAUGGCGCUCGGCCUGCUUCCCCAGUCAUCAGCGCGGCACCUACGGGGGGAACUGCGGAAAGCGCUUACGCGGGGGAGAGCGGAGCAGGUAUUGGCGCAGGGUCGUGCGGGCAUCCUCACUAUCCUUGCGGGAGCAGCGGGAGCAGAUGGACUGGCGGACGCGGACCCGCGGGGGGGCCGCUGGCGGGAUGCACUGGCGGGGGACAUGCGUGCAGUCACGGCUGUGCGCAGGGGUACAAUUGCGCAACGUAUGAGACGCAGCAGCAUCCCAUGUACGAGGAAGGCGCACGCGGUCUUGUAUCGAGUCAGGUGCAUCCGCAAAGCUUUGCGGAAAGCUCCCCGCUUCCCCGAGUCGUGCAGACAGCCGCAUGGUUCCCCUCCCCCGCCGCCGCGCAGGCGCAACGUCACCGCAGCGUUCCCCGCGUGCCCCUUUCCCCCAGCUGCUGGACUUACGGCGAUCAGCGCGCGGGACCCGCGGCGGCGGAGCAUCCCGCGGAAGCCGGCAUGCAGCAGCCGCGAAUUGGACCGGACAGGCGCGGGUAUAACCGACGUGAUGCGGUUGUAGUCGCAAGCAGCAGUGGCAGCGGCGCGGAUUCGGACAGCUGCAGCGGCGACGGUGACGGGAACGGUCGUUGCGCGGGCGUGGUGUGGCCCGUUACGAGCGACGAGAUGAAAGCCACGGUGGCGGAAAUGUCCGUGGCGGUUCUUGGGGGGCAGGUGAACGGGCAGAUGGCAGAGUCAGAGGAUAUGCGUAAGCCGGCGAGAAAGAUCGAAGAGGUGAAGGGUGGGGAGCUUGCGAGAAAGAGAAAGAGGGAGGAGGUGUGCGGGGAAGCAGGCAUAACGAGCGAGAAAAGCUAUCAGCGUGCGAAUGUUGUCACAUGCGAAGCGGGAGAGAUCGCAGCGCCACCGUCAGCGAAGACCGAACUGGCGGAUUGCGACAUGGAGGCUGUGGAGCUCAUCCUGGCCGUUGCUCACCAGCUGCGCGACGGCAAGGAGUCGCAGGCGACACAGCAUGCGACUGAGGGCGGGAGGGAGGAGGAAGGCGUGCGAAAGCUGGACGAGGAUAGAGGCGCGGAGGGUGAGGAGAUCGAGGGCAAGGGCGAGGUGGGGAGCGGUGGAGGAGCAGCAGGUGCGACUGCUGAAGCAUCUAGAGUUUCAGAAGCAGGUGCGACUGCAGCGGCGCCAGCAGCAGAAGACGACAAGCAGAGAGUCCCGGCGUGUUCCUCUGGUCCCUUCCCGCCUCUGCACCCCGUGGGUGCCACCGUGCACAUGGCUCUUGCGGGGCCGCACGGCUCUCACACUCACACUCCCGUGUCUCUGUCUGCCAGCUCCGACAGUGACUGCACGGGAUGCGGCCACAGCAAGCCUGGCGCAUGGGGCUUUGCUAUGGGGCCCUGUGGCAUUCCUCCCCGCUCGUCCCCCCGUGGAACUGCAGCUCCUAUUCCCCUGCUCGCCAUGCCAACCGCCCUCGACCUCUCUGCACCUUCUGCUCUUCCUCCCCCUCCUCCUGGCUUUCCCGCUCCUGCCGCUCCUGUCACUGCAGCCUCCCCACAGGCGCCUCAGCCUGUCUCCGCAUUCCAGUCCCGGCCUUCCCCUCACUGCCUGCAGCUGUUGCCACGUCGCCAGUCCUCGCCCUCCCUGCCAUGUGCCCCACUGCAAGCUGCUUCUCCCCAGCAGCCUGCUCUGCGCCUGUCCCUGCCCCAACGCCUGAAUACCCAGUCACCACCAGCUUCAUCCCUGCCUCUUCAACGGCCCUCCCCAGCGUCAUCCCUGCCAUCAACCCGUGUUUCUCUCCUCUCCCUGCCGCCCACCCUUUCUCUCCCCAGCCCGGCUCUUACUAUCCAGCCACGGGCUGCCUCUGUAGCUGCUGCAGCUUCACCAGGGCCUGUCAGCACUGGAAGCUCACCUGCUCUUGUGCCCAGGGCGCACUCUACUCUGCUGCGCCUGCCAGGUCACUUGGCUGCCUCCCCUCAACCUCAGCGCGUUUGCUCCCCGUGUUGA